CUUCGCCUUUUGUUUCUGAGGUGGAGCUUGAUACCUCGACUUUACCAAACUGAAUUGCCGGCUAAACAGACGGACAAGACAGGACCGGAACCAGCAGUCGUUUGCAGGGCUCUGGGACGUGGCAUAUCGGGGGGGCAGGCGGCUGCAAGGAAGAGGAAGGAUUUGGAGGAGCGCUUCGUGUGGGUUACUUAAUUUUAUAACCGACUUCACGCCACAGGGACACGGGAAAGAUGAAUUCUUUCAUACUGCUGUCGCUUUUCGCCACCGUUAUCAUCGGAAAGUCACCUCGGCUGAAAUUUGUUGUGCACGAGGACUCCAGGUUCCACUUCAACAAACCAGAGAACUAUAUCAGCAUGUACCACCAGGAAGGGAGUGACACCCUUUACGUAGGCGGCAAGGCAAUGAUCUACAUGCUGAGGUUCACAGACAGCGGGGUCCGCGACCUGCAGAUCCCAGCGGUAUCGGAUCAGACUGCAAUUGAUACCUGCAAGGCACAGGCUGCACCACUUGAGCUGGAGUGUGAUAAUUUCAUCACAGUCAUUCAGAAAGUAAAUGACACAUUCAUAGUAUGUGGGACAAAUGCUGGAAACCCCAGGUGCUGGAUGCUGGUUAAUGACACAGUGCUGACUGAUGUACAGGGUGUUGGGCAGAUAUCUUCACCCUCUCACAUAUCACCACAAUAUCCUUCCCAGAGGGCCAUCAGCUUGCCUGCAGAUGGGAGUCUGUAUUCUGCCAUGUCGUCGGUGGGAAGUCAUACCGGUUCAAUACGGCGUACAUUUGGCUUCCAGAAACUCCUGAAGACAGAGAACGUUUGGCUGCUAAAUCCACAGUUUGCUGGAGCAGCCAUAAUUCCAUCUUCAGAAAAAUACAAAGAAGAGAUCUACUUCUUCUUCAGUGAGUUCAACAAGACAGCCAGAGUGGACGAGGAGCCAUACAGAGCUCGCAUAGGCCGGAUCUGCAUGGUGGAUGAAGGGGGUCUCAAAAACCUGAUGGCAGACUCUUGGACCACCUUCUUGAAGGCACGGAUGAUGUGCGGUGCAGGAAACACUCAACAGCAGUACAACAACUUGAAGCAGGCAGUAGUGCUGACUGCUCAAGACAAAAGGGCUGGGGUUCUGUAUGGCCUCUUUUCCAAUGCAUGGGGCAGAACAGUGAUCUGUGCCUACUCCAUUGAAGAUAUUGACCAGGCCUUUUCUACAUCUAAACUGAAGGGCUAUAGCGGUCAACUCACUGGCACCCGCCCUGGGACGUGUGUCCGCAAAGUCCCCGGAGCAGCGGAGAAUCAAAACAACAUAAAAAAUCUUGGGGUGUUGAGAUACCACCCAGAAAUUGAGGAUGUGAUCCGGCCUGUUGGUGUGGCUCCACUUGACCUUCCCUCAGAUGACCAAAUUACACACACAGUGGCAGACAUUGUACAGGCGGUCAACGAUGAACACUACAGUGUCCUGUACCUCGGAACAGAACAAGGCAAAGUACUGAAAGUCAUUCAUACCAGCGAAGAUGUCUUCAUCAUAUCUCAAUACUCUCUGUUUCGCAAUGAGGGCCCUGUUCUAAACAUGGCUAUUGAUCCGCAAAAGGGACACCUGUAUGUUGCUACAGCAAUGGAGGUCCAGCGACUGCCUCUGGCUGACUGCAGUCGCUAUGGCAGCACAUGCAGAGAGUGCAUCCUGUCCCGGGAUCCUUACUGUGGCUGGGACAAGUCCAGGAGGAAGUGCAUUGCCAUCCCGCCUGGAUACAAUUCCACAACUGGAGGUAUUAUUCAGAAUUUGGACCAUUCGAACUCCUCAGUUUGCGGCGAAGCUGCUGCUCUGAAGCUGCGUCGAACGUCCCCUAGAGAGGUUUUAGUGCAGUAUAACACCUCAGUCUUUCUCCCUUGCCCUGUGCACUCCUUCCAUGCCACUUAUCGCUGGGAGAAGGACAACUGCAAUCAGAAUUACCCCUGCAUCUUUUCUGGAGACUUCUGUGUCCUGGGGCCGGUCGUUGACACACCCCUAAAGGAAGGUGUCUUUCGCUGCAUGGCCACUGAAGAUGGAUUCAAGGUGGAGGUUAUUUCCUUCAGGCUGGUAAACGACGGCAGGCUCCUGGCUGCCUCCCUUGCCUUCACCUUGGGGCCAUCGCUCCUGCUCGCUGUGGCUACCCUGUGGCUUCAUUAACUGCAGCUAACACUAAUGCUAACUCCUCAUCCUUACUGGCUCCCAAUGACAGGAAAGACAAGGAGCCAUUGCUCAGAGAUGAGGUUCGCAG